AUGGCGGGAGAAGAGGCAACGGCUGGCAGCGGAACGCGGAUUUCCGGUAACUCUGAGGACACGAAUAAGGCGCAGAACGCUCCGGUCCUCGUGGGUUCCUUUCCGCCCUCCUCGGCGUCUCCCCAGGCACCGCCGACCACCGCUCGUGGGACAGCUGAUCGAAUAGAGGAGUCGGGAAUGCCAUGGACAACCGCGGACUUGGUGUCGUUAGGAGCGUCACCUAGCACGUCAGGUAGCCGCGUAGCCAUGUCGUGCCUCUCUCACUUGCCACAGCCGCCGGCUGAGGACGCGGUUCCGCCUUCCGCGCCCACGCCCCCUCUUGCUGCGCCGGACCAAGAGGAAGGCGCGGAUUCCCUUCCUGCUGCUCAGUCGCGAGCGGAUGCUCUGAAGGGCAGUUCCCCUGCUUCCUCCGUCUCGGAGGGUGUAUCGCCUGCUGCAUGCCUGUCGAACCGUAGCGGGUGCCCUGCGCCAGAGUCUUCGCGGCCUAAUCUGUCUGGGCUCACGCAGAAGCUCGUGUCGGUCGAUUCCCGCCACGGGUCGUCUCCGCCCUCUCUCUCUCAAUCGCCGUCCAUCGCAGACGCCGACGAAGUGGACACAUCGAAGAAUGAUGCAGUGAAUCAGGAGGUUUCGAAAGAAGUGAAAGAGCCUGCUUCGUCAACCUCCGCCGCUGCCCCCCCAAGCGGGCCUGUUGAUGUCUCGCCAAGUGUGGCGGCUUCAGCAGAGCCGAGAGAAGAGACGGAGGAGAGCUCCGCAUCUGCGUCGGCGCCUGGUUCGUCCUGCCACGUGGCGAGGGUUGAGACGCCGCCCCCAGAUGAAGAGGAAGAGAUGGGCAGCCACUCGCGUUCUCUCUCGCCGUCCUCGUACAACGCCAAGUUGGAACGUUGCCCUAAAGUUGUUGGCGUCCGUUUCGACAAGACGCAGUGCCGGUGGCUGGCUGGAAUCAGCAUCAACGGUCGCACCAUGAAUAAAUAUUUUCCGGUGUAUAAGUACGGCUUCGACGGAGCUCGACGGAUGGCCGUCAACCACCGUCUCGCGUGCUUGAGAAACCAGGGCAAGGCUGCAGCUGCGGCAGCAGCGGCGGCGGCAGCGGCGUCGGCUGUAGGGGUGGAAGGGGAUGGUCGGGCGAGGAGACAGCUGACGGGCGGCGAGAGAGAGAGUUCUCUGCCGGGGGCAAGCGUCGAUCUCCGAAGAGAUCCGUCAAAUAGCGCCGGCGGGCUUGGCUGCGGCAGGCCGGCUGCUGGAGCCGCAUCAGGCGGCGAAGGGCGGUGGGCGCCCGAGAAGGGAGGCUCCGAAGGCAGCGCAGGCAGUACUGGGGCUUGGAACGGUAGGACGCGAGGAGUGUGGCGGAGACGGGCGCCGGAUGACGAAGACUACGAUGCCGCCCACGGCGCUGCAGUAGACGAGGACGACGAGGGCAGCGACGAAUACGACGGACGCCCAGGGUCCUCUGCGCCUUACGCUCAGAGCGCCGGUCACGGGGGCAGAAGCCGAGGGGGACGAGGGAGUCGCCUAGGCGGCUGGCAAAUAGGGCGCGGCGGUCCGCGAAAGGGACGGGGCGAGGACGGAGCGCGGGGCGGCCGAGGAGACGACGGCGAAGAAGAGGGGGGCUUCGAAGAAGACGACAAAGAGGAUUUGCACGUGAGGAAACGGGCCGCAGUUCUCCGCGGAGGCAGUGACGAUACAGGAGACCGCGACGACGCCGAAGAGGAUGAUGAGUAUGACGAAGAUGACUCCGGUGGCGGCCGAGGCGAUCAAGAAGAUGAUGCCUAUGGUCCCGGCUCAAGCCGGCCGGCGACGCGAGGCGGCUGGGCAACAAGGCGGGGCGGGCGUCUUCGGGGCAAACCGUCUCCGUUGUCCUCCCGCGGCGCGAGGGCGGGUGGCCGCCCGGGAAACGCCGGCGAGGACGACGAGGGCGACAAGAAAGAAGACGCUGACGGACUCCCUCUGGGCUCGUCGACGCGCCGGGGCUGGGGUAGCGGGUACGGCCGGGGCGGCCGCGGUCGCGGCGGCGGCGGCCGCGGGCGGGGGAAAGGAGGAGCCCUGGGGAAAGAGCGCCUAAAAGGAGAGGACGAAGAAGGAGAUGAGGAGAAAGACGAAGGCUACUGCGGCAUGAAAGGAACGGGGAGUGCGGCUCGUGGAUGGCCGCGGCGCGGUCUCGCGUGCCGACGUGGAGAGGGAGACAGGGAAGAAGACGACGGACCCGAUGAGGAGGAGGAGCUGACUGGCGGAAGCACCGAAGAAAAUGCCGCGUUCGCGGAGAGACUUCUUCCGUGGCCUCGAGGUCUGUGGUGGUCGCGUGGCAACAACCGCUGGUUCGCAGCAUAUGUGCGUGACGGUAUCAAGCGGUACAAGACUUAUACCCCGAAUAAGCACGGCGGCAUGAUGCGCUCGUAUCGUCUGGCGUGCACUUUCUUGGAAGAGGCUCGGAUGCAAGAGGAGCAAGAAGCAGAACGCAGAGAGCUCCAGGGCGAAAUGCAGUCGUACUCUUACCGAAAUACGUCUCCGCUGGCGCGGUAUUACGCGAGAGGCAGAGGUGGCUACACGCGGAUGGGCUACUUUCGGCCGGCAGGAGGACGGGGGAGAGGCGGGCGGGGCGGCCGCGCGACCCGAGGCUGGGAAGAGCGAGAGGGUGAACCAGAAGAAGGAGAGGAGUUCAAGGAUGACGAAGACGAGACGCGGCAGGACGACCGCAGAAGUGUCGGCAGGGAGGCCGGAGCGGGGGGCAACGAGCCCACCGCGCAGAUACACGGAGGUGCCUCGGCGCAGCUCAGUGCGGGGGAGGAGGAGCGGGAAGAAGACGAGGACGGCAGACUGCGGAAACGCAGAUUCGGGGCGGAGGGCGGAGACGACGUAGGCGAGGUCUCGAAUUUGUACCGCGUCAAGGAAGACAUUGUGGCGGGACAAGGCAGCAACCGCCUCGGCGAGCCGAAAGAAAAGAAGCUCCGAGCGGAGGAGAGUGAGGUGUCUGGUGGGGGGGUCGUCGAGGAGGCGGGGGAGCUCAAGCAGAGCAGCGAACAAGACGAUGGAGAGAAGAAGGCGAGAAGCGACUCAUUCACGGUGAAGCAGGACAGCGAGUCUGCAGAGGCACCUAGUUCCUGGGGUUCCAGCGCAGGCCUCAAUCUCCGGCGGCGACCUGUCCCAUCCUCUCCGCAGGGGGACGGCAAGAUGUUUACCCGAGGGAUGUUGUCCGCCGCGCAUGCGUCUGUGGAUCCUAGUGCCUCUGCGUCUCGGAGUCCCACGAGCAACAGCUACGGCCGUCAGUAUGGCUCCUCAACGGCUUCGCAGACCGGGGGCGCCGCGUCAACCAGUGCAUCGUCUACGACGCUGCUGCGGAGUCGCCGCCCGUGGGCCUCUCCGGCGCCGGUGGCGGGCGCAGGGGGCGGGGACAGUUGGGCGCGCGAGGCAGCGAAGCUUCCGCUGUACGCGGGCAUGCAGUACGACGCUGUCUCAAAGUGUUUCCGUGUGAAGCUCCAAAGUCACCGCAGAGCUUUCUCCGUCGUUCGCCGCGGCGUGAGGGAGGCGCAUCUCCUCGCCGUCGAGGCGUUGAGAAACGACGGAUCACUGCACGAGGAAGACGAAGGAGAUUUCCGCGCUUUCUCCAGCGGCCGAAACCGCCGGAACGGUGCCUCUGGCAGCGGCGGCCGGCUGGGGGUCUCCGGGAGUGAGGAGCGAGGCCGCAUGCGGUCUUCAGGCCGCGUGCAAGAAGCCCUUGAAGGCGAUGACGGCUAUCGAGACAGCCGGGCGCCGGGGAUGAGAGGAAGGGAUAGAGAAGAAGAAGGGUUUUAUUCGGGUGCGGGAGGUGGGGGUGGUCGGGAAGGGUCCUUCCGCGAUCACUCGUCAUCGUCCACCUACGGCGCGCAUUCUUCUUUGUCCUGCGGCUCCUCCCUCGGCGGGGGGUCGAGCCUGGGGCACGGGAUGGUCACCCGAGGAGGCAGUUACUACGGGAGCCCCCGGUCCGCGGGGGGGGCAGGGGGGGGCGCCAGCCGUUACGAGAGAGGAGUGGAGGGCUCAUUUUCAUCUUCUUCUCGUUUGUAUUCCACGUCGGGCGGCGACCAUCAUGCGGGGCCUUGUUCGAAUGGUCUUUCGGGGCGCCGCGACGGCAGAGCGGCCUCGCAGAAGGGCGGGGGCUUCCCAGCCUCUUCCUUGUUCGAGGACAUGGAGGAAGACGACGACGCGUUCACGCCGCUGGGAGGGUUGUCUCUGACGAAGAACGCGAUUCUGAUCUGCCUGAGCGACUUGCGGGACGCGUGUCUUCCGCUGUGCUUCACGACGGUUGCUGAGCGCGAGGAGAGACGACGGAUGCUCCAGCAGCACAUCUGCCACGUCCAGGAUGCGUUUCGCAGGGAGAUCAUCCUCCCCUACCUCCACCUUUUUGAGUGUCUGCUCCUUCUCAACCAGCUUCCGCACGAAAUCGAAGUCGCGGCGCAGCGCAUUCUGUUCAGCGCCCUCGACAUGCACGCUCGGGCAGCAGUCCACACGUACUUCCCAAACUACUUCCGGAACGGCGAAGGGCGCCUCGGCCGGGAGGACGAGAGAGGGCGAGGCAAAGCGGGGGGACGCGGAGGGGGGGCGGUGGGAGCGUUUGACGCGAGGGUCCUCGGGGACGAGCUCUUGAUGGACGAUGACGAGGGUUUUUAA